AUGGAGCUAUGCGGCCGUCAGAAGGUUGUCCAGCGCAAGAUGGUGCUGCUUGGCGACGGUGCCUGUGGCAAGACUUCGGCCCUGAACGUGUUCACAAGAGGGUGCGCAACUUCCCAUCUCCUAUCUCCCAGCCACCUCACCCCCCCUCCCCGAACUUCCCCUCCGGAGUUUAAGGCGGAGAUUCUUCCCGACGGUCUACACCCUGUACUACGCAGUGAACCGACCGUCUUUGAAAACUACGUUCACGAUAUCUUCGUCGACAAUGUACAUAUGGAACUUUCGCUUUGGGAUACCGCCGGUCAGGAGGAAUUCGACCGUUUGCGCGCGCUGUCAUACGAGGACACGCAUGUCCUGAUGCUCUGCUUCAGUAUCGACAGCCCCGACUCGUUCGAGAACGUCGGGUCCAAGUGGAUCGCGGAAAUUAACGAGAACUGUCCCGGCGUCCGGGUAGUUCUAACAGCCCUCAAGUGCGAUCUGCGCAAGGACGACGAAGAGAACGACAAUCCAGGCGCGAUUUCUUUCGAGCAGGGUCUGGCAAAGGCCAAGGAGAUUGGCGCUGUCAAGUACCUGGAAUGCUCUGCUGUUCAGAACCGCGGCAUCAGGGAAAGCUUCUAUGAGGCCGCCAAGGUUGCGCUGGAUGUUAAACCUACCGGGUCUAAGGGGUCCGGUUCGUCUUGCGUGAUCCUCUGA